GUGAUUAGUCUCGUGCGUGAAGUAAAGCACCAGAAAACUUCGAAUAGUAUGUGGAUUGCACGGAAUGAUCAUGUCUUCUUUUGAUGAGUGAAUGGAAGACUGCUUCUGGAGCCAAUUUGUUGUGCAAUUAAAAAAGGAAUGAGGAGACUCAAUUUUUCAUUCACUUUGAACUAUUCAACGACACGGUCGAAUUUAUCCGAUUGGAUCCCAAAUGAGCAGAACAUCUCAUCAGGGAUCAUUAUUCAGUCUGUGUUCCUAGCCCUGGUGAUAAUUGUCGGUGUGAUCGCUAACUCCCUGGUUUGUCUUGUGAUUUACAAGCGAAGAAAUCUUCACACGGUCCUCUACAGUUUCCUGGUGAGCCUCUCCGUGUCUGAUCUUCUUCACUCCGCUCUCAAGAUGCCUACAACCAUGCUAUCCACUCUACACAUCCGCUGGUAUCCUCAUCCGUCAUUCUGCUACAUCACCACUCCCUUUGGCGUCCUUUUUGGUGCCGCCACGGUCUUCAACUUGUGCGCAGUUGCUCUAAACCAGUACUUUAUCAUCCUAAAACCACUUCUCUACCCCAUGGUCAUGACAGCCAGGCAUGCGCGUUACGUCAUCGCCGGCCUUUGGGCGGGAAGCAUAGUGAUCUCUCUUCCGCCGAUAUUCUGGCGCUCAGCUGACACCAUUUGCAAAAGCGGAGCAGUCUCCAACGACAACUAUCUUUCUGAAGUGCUUUAUUUAUCGGCCUUGUGGACAUUUGUGGUCAUUAUUCCAACCGUCGUCAUGGGUAUAAGCUACACCAAGAUUUUUUUAGAGGCGCGUCGCCAAAUUUUCAAAAUGAGAGAAGGCACUCAACUGAACGGCGAGUUACGAGCGUCCCACACGCGCAGAAAGGAAUUUCGCGCUGCAGCGCUGCUUGCUUUAGUCGGUGGCAUUUUCAUAUUGUGCUGGCUACCGUUUUUCGUUGUUCAAACUUUACAUAAAUUCUCCGCUGCAAACAUUGCACCAUUUUAUUUUCGUCUAUUCCUUUGCGUCAUGUACUCAAAGUCGGCAAUCAAUCCGUUGUUGUACACUGCUCUGAACAAAGAACUAAGGAAAGCGUUAAUUCAGUAUUUGGGUCUUCAAAAGAAAAUCUCCCAUGACAGUAAAGCUCGGGUACUGAAUACUCGAAUGAGCAAUCUCAAGAAUGGGUUAAAUCAACACGAAAGCCUUUUGUAAAUAGGUGGCGAUGUCAAUAGCACAAUAAUUUUAAUCUUACAAUAAGCAUAUUUCGUAUUUGUUUCAAGGCAGCGUUCUCUGGGAAGAAAACACGUAAAAUUUGGUGAACUUGAAAGAAGAAAUGUUAAAGCCUUAAAUUCCCAAGAUCUGGUUCUUAAUUCUCCUCUCUAGCUGCUACGGAAUUCCUUAUAGAAUAGUUACAAGAAUUUGGUGUUAGAUCAAGUUAAACACUUCUGCUUGAUAAGUUUGAGUAUUCUCACUACCUGUUUUCUGGAUAAUGUAUGGAUGUUAUAGGAAGAAGUUACAUGUUCAUAACUUCCGCGAAUUAAAGGGUUAAACACCCCGCGAGUAAAAAGUUGAUAGAUAGGCCUUGUACCUAGCUGCGCGAGUCGAAGUAACAUCGAAAAUACAUCGACACUGAGGAAGCGAUAGAAACUAGCGUAGAUUCAUGUCGCACUCGUUCAGUACACUGGAUGAAUCAGUUAGGUCGAAAGCCUAGGACAAAAGUCGCUAGAAAUUUCAACUUGUGCACCUGGAGACAGAAUGUGCAGCGAGUCCGAAAGUGACGCUACGCUCGAGGAUACUCGUGCCCAUGUGAUACACGCGAGGAUACACGUGCCCAAUUCCGCGUGCACUUACCACAACCACGAAUACGAAGGGGAUAGUGAAAAAAAAGAGUUAGAAUUUCUCUUUGAACAGAAUGA